AUGUACACUAAACUCAUAGGAGUAAAAGCCGUCACAGCACUACUGGAUAAUUUGGAAAAAGAUGGUAUCCUGGCGACGGAUCGAAUGCGUAGAGAGUCUCUAACCAGAUUAAUCAACCUAACAAUAAGAACGACCUAUUUCACAUCCAACGGCCGCAUUUAUGAGCAAUCAUUUGGUCUGCCUAUGAGCUCACCGCUCUCACCUCUGUUGGCUAAUAUCUUCAUGGAUAAGGUGGGGGAGAAUUUUGAAAUGUCACCUCAGCAGCCAACAGUAAUUAUGCGAUAUUUGGAUGAUUAG